AUACAGAUAACCAUGCAGCCAAACGUUGCUUAACCUCUGCGUUCGUUAUCGGCGAUUUCGAAAUUCGAAUCAUCAUCAUCUUCCUCGAUAGUCCCGCGCUCAGUCGAAAUUCAAAACUCUCUCUUCCAUGAACGAUCACAUUCUCAUCUCUGACGGUGAGGAUCAGACUACUCCACUUCCAUCACUGUCGAAACGGGCUCGAAAAUAUCCAAUCUCUGCGAUACUGAUAUCGGAUUCAGAUCCGACACCGCAGAAGCAACCGCCGGAAUCUUCUUUUACUCCUAUUUUCGUCCCUGAGACACCUCUUUCCGAUGAUUUCUCUGUCGUCAAGUGUUCCUUUGGUUCUAGAGCUUUAGCUUCUAACCGCGAAGACAAAUUCUCCGGUUAGUUAAUGCAAACGGAUAAUAUCUCUGGAUUCGGAGUUUGAAGAUAGUCCUCGACCUGAAACUUCGAAGAAGAAUGAAUCCGUGCUUGCUGGUUUAAGGGAGCCUCGGUUUGGAUUGGAAGCCGAAACCAGUGAGGCAUACUAUAAGAAUACUAGAAUACCUGAGACAAAUUUAGACGAUGAUACUAGUUGGAUGCAUGAAGUCAGUUUUCGCUCUUCGCCAACUAAUGAUACUAUUGAGGUUGUUUCUGACCAAGAAAAAGAGGAUAUAAGCGUUGAGAAAAUUGGUCGAAAAAAGAAGAUCAGAACUACAACUCUUCCAGUUCCAGGUGAGGCAUUGCCAAAAAAGCGGCAGUCGAAGGAAGACAAAACAAGUGCAAUGGAGGAAAAGAAGUUAAGAAAAGAGCAAGAGAGAUUAGAGAAAGCAGCCUCAAAAGCAGAAGAGGCUGAGCGUAAAAGAUUAGAGAAGGAGAAGAAAAAAUGGGAAAAGGGAAAGUUAGCCCUUAAAUCUAUUGUUGCCGAGAUUGAUACUAAAGUGCUUGAAGGAUCCAUUGGAGGACUUCUGCUUUCAAGGUUCUCUGAGAAAGGCAUUACAAUCCACGUAGGCCCUAAUCCAAUUGAGAGAUCCAUUGUGUGGACGAUGACAAUUCCAGAGGAUAUUGCUCCGCUUUUCCCCCAAGGGCCCAAGAUUCCUUAUUUGCUACUUGUGUAUGACGCUGAAGAAUUUUGUAAUCUUGUUGCUAAUGGAAAAUUUCUAGAAAUCAUCUCAAGAGUUCAGGACAGAUACCCAUCUUAUACGGUGUGCUGCCUCACGAAUAAGUUAAUGUCCUACGUAAAGAAAAGGGAAAAGGAAGAGUACAAAAAUCCGGGAAAUUGGAGACGGCCUCCUAUCGAUGAGGUACUUGCAAAAUUAACUACUCACUAUGUUAAAGUACAUUCCAGACACUGUGUAGACGAGGCUGAGGUGGCUGAACAUAUUGUUGGCCUAACAAGCAGUCUGGCCUCUUGCCAAUUCAGGAAGAAAUUAACUAUGUUAUCAGUAAGCGCUAAUGGUGCAUUAGUCUCCAAGGAUUCAGUUGACAAGCAUUUGAUUAAAAAGAGUCCAUGGUUAAAAGCGUUAGUAGCAAUACCAAAGGUACAGCCACGAUACGCUUUAGCAGUGUGGAAGAAAUAUCCCUCCAUGAAGUCUCUUCUUAAGGUUUAUAUGGAUCGUAACAAAUCGGUUCAUGAGAAGGAGUUUCUACUAAAAGACUUGAAAGUAGAAGGUUUAGUGGGAGGAGACAUAAGGUUAGGUGAGAUUUGUUCAAAGCGGAUAUACAGAGUUCUCAUGUCUCACGAUGGAGCCAUUAAGACUGAUGACGUCGAAAAUGGUGCUGCUUUCUUCACCGAUUCUCCAGGUGUUAAUUAGAGUCAAAGAGCCUAAGAUUUCUUAAACAUAUAAGAUAAAAUAAAAUCAUUUCAACCACACUGAAAUUUUGUUUUCUCUUUUUAGAUCAGUUUCCCCGAUUCAAUUCCGAACAAUUUGCUCUAAGUAAUAGUUAUUCUAUUCUAGAACCAAAACGUUAAAAGUAAAAUUCCUUACCGAGAUAGCCAGACGUCAUUGGAGACUGUUGCCGACGACAUUUACUUCGGUGAUGAACAUGACGAACACGGCAAGAGGAAUUCGGUUUUUCUCCUGCGGCAACUGAUUCGGCAAGACAUGCUGACCAAGAGGACUUAGGCUGUUUUUGUUAACGUUGUUUUUAC